GCUAGAGCAAGAACACCACACGAACCAAAACAAAAACAAACCUUAGUUUUUCAUUAAAAAUUGUUAAAUUUUGCAUAAUUUAACUAAUUUAUUUGUGAAAUACCUACCUAGAAAAUCACUAAGUAACAUGUCAUCAGCCCUGUUGAAGAAAAGUUUAGAAAUUGUCGACAGUGGGAGUUGUAAAAGGAAUUCCACCAAGAAAAAGCCCAAAAACCUCAUCCCCGAGUCUCAUAAGAUCAUGCGGAUGGUCAAGAAGAAAGGCAAGAUGUAUAAACAGAAUCAAAUCGAGGGCAGUGGGAGGAAAAUUACAAUUGCUGACGUCCAGAACCACCUGAAAACCUCAAAAGAGAGAGUUGAGAAGACUGUGGACAAACUGUUGAAGCUUCAUUCUUCCCCGCUGGAAGAGGAAGACGCCGAAGAGCUUGCCAGGAGAGCGAAAUCCGGACACUACGUCCUGCCUCCCAAGAAGGAAACGGUUGAGCCUGAGUCCGUGUUCACUGAGGAGGACUUCAAGAGAUUCGAGGAGGAGUACUUUGACGAUACAAUUUGAAUUUGGUCAGGGAGUCAUAGCAAUGUAAAUUGGGAAUUUGUUUAAUCAAUAAAUUUGUAAAGAAAGAUCCGGAAAAUGGUCAGGAGUAAGUAUUUUCUGUUGAAAAUAAAAGCCAGAGCAAAGCUAAA